CUAUUCCUUGACUAAAUCUAACCAGAACUUCCAUUCGAGUAAAAGUCAACAGCAGUGUUCAGGUUGAAGCGGGAAAAAAGGAAGAAAAAUUGUAUUUUAUUUUUACAAUUUUACUUCCCUCAAAACGAAAAGAACUUAAAGAGGUUCGUCAAGACAACUAGGGUCCACAAUCAAGAUGGAUAUUUUCCGUAAAAAUCUAACGGAAGUGAUCAAGUCCGGGAAGUACUUCGUGGGCUUCAAGGAGACCCUGAAGGCCGUGAGCAGCGGUGAAGCCAUGCUGGUGAUCAUCGCCAGCGACACGAGCGUCGGACUGAAGACCGAAGUCGAGAAGAAGGCCAAGAAGGGCAAGGUGGAGGCGCUGGUCUUCGCCGGCAGCAUGAAGGAGCUGGGCCGCGCCUGCGGCAAGUCCUUCAAAGUGAGCUGUAUGGCCAUCACCGAUCAAAUGGCAGCCGGGAUGAUCUGCUCUAUGGUCGAUGGCUUCUAAACGUUUUACUUUUUUCCUUUCGUUCAACCAAAUAAUCUAUCAAAUAUAAUGACUUAGCAGAAA